AUGCUACCGCGACCCAUUCUCAUACUUCUCUCCUUGGUCGUCGUUCUGGUGGUUGGAUCUGUCAUCCGAAGAGAUCUGGAUGAAGUGGAAUUGAAUCGAGGACGAGAAGGGAUAAUCGAAGGAGAUAUCAUGCUGACCCAAGAACAACCUAGCGCUAUGAACGAUGUCGGAAACCGUGUCAAAAGACAAAUCACCAAGAAAUGGAAAAAGUGGCCCAACGGAAAAGUCUACUAUACUUUCGACUCUGAAUUCACCUCCCUCAAAAGAGAACUGAUGAGCACUGCAAUGAAGUAUAUCGCAUCCCAGACCUGUGUCACUUUCGAGGAGAGCAGCACUGCUGCUAACAGACUUCGCUUCAUGAAUGAUGGAGGAUGUGCUUCUUAUAUUGGAAUGAACGGAGGAGAACAGCUAUUGUGGUUCGGAGAUGGAUGUUCUAUUUUCGGAACCGCGGUACACGAGAUCAUGCACACUUUGGGAAUCUUCCACACUCAUUCUCGCUACGAUCGUAACAACUAUCUGUCCGUGAAUCUGACUGAAGUACCAGAAAACAUGCUCAGCAAUUUGGCAAUGGAAACCGCAGAAACGACUUACAACGCUGUUCCAUUUGAGUAUGGAAGUACAUUGUUGUACCGCUACAAUACAUGGGGAGACGGAACAUUGUACCCGAAACAAGGAGCUUUUGAGAAGACAAUGGGUCUUCGUCGAGUAUCUUUCUAUGAUAUUGUCAACAUCAACUCUCGGUAUUCUUGCUCUUGUUUGACAAAUCUUGCUUGCAAAAAUGGUGGAUAUACCAAUCCAUCCACAUGCAAUACAUGCGUUUGUCCAACUGGAUAUGGUGGAACCCUCUGUGAUCAAAAGCCAUCAAACUCGAUCAUGCUUACUGCUGAUAACUACUGGAAGGGAUACUGGGUGAGUUUCGGAUACAACAGCGACGUGCUCACCACUAACUACUACAUGGCUCAUCUCAUAAUCAAUGCGCCAGCCGACAAGACGAUCGAAGUGAAACUUGUGGGUCUGAAAGAUUUCACAUGUGCCUACGGAUGCAACUACAAUGGAGUCGAGAUGAAAGUCAUGGGCGAUCCAAGAAUGACAAACCCACUUGCCUGCUGCAGUGAUGAUUCUACCAUAAUGAACCAAGUAUUCGAGAGCAAGCUGAACCCGACUCCAAUUGUUCUUCACCAGAGAUACGGUAGCAGCACAGUCACCAUCCAGUAUAGAUACGUGGAUAAAGCACUGAGCAGCAAUAAGAAGACGACCAACGGAUACGAUAGCUAUCAGUACUAUGCUUGA